AUGGGGCCUCGAGAAGCUGGGGGUGGAGGAGCUAACGCGGAAAAUGAUUUGAUCAUUCAGGUUCUCGUGGCUGAAGGCAAUAUCACAGAGGCUUUGGCGGCAGCUUUGGCACAACUAGUCACUGACUACAUUGAGCAGCACCAGUCGGAUGACCUUGACAAUGUAAGUUACAUUCAUAUGAAUGGGAUUGAGUUCUGCGAACGCCCGGUUAAUAUUCUAGUACAGGCUCCUCGCAUCCGUCAGAUCACGUCUGUCACUCCCAAUGAUAUCAAGUUGGCCAUUCGGGAUGAAGCUUCCACGGAGGAUACUUCUAGCAAGAUUGUUCAGAAAUGGAGUCCUUCGAGUACCCCCUGCGCCUACUUUGAGCGUGAUCGUUUUGGUCUUCUUGCUCGCAUUGCCCAGUCCACGGAAACGGAAAUCAUCAAUGAUAAAGCGGCAGAGAAAGGCUUCCUUGUCAUUGAGGGGCUCUAUCAAGCAGCAGUUCAGAAAGCGGUUGAAAAGCUGACAAACAUUGACCAAUUCAUGGUGAGUAUGCAGUGUUUCCGUGCUUAA